AUGAUCGAUACAUAUGGGGACGAGGAGGUCAAAAAGCUCGCCAGGCACGGAGCAGCUAUAGUGAGAGAAUACGUACACCGCCCNNNNUUGCCCCCCGAUGUUGCCGUUCCUCGUCAGACGAGAUGGCGUGUGCGAAGCUGUGUGAGGUUGGGCAAUGCCGUCACGUUCGGCUCGUCGCAUCUCCGGGCUACGAAUGAGCAGCUUUACCAGAAGAUUUUCUGUGAAUGGAUUGGUGAUGGUAAUGGAGCCGAUGAUGGUACUGGAGCGGAUAAUCCGGUCGGGACGGAGGAAGAUGGUAUCUUCGGUGAUGAUGAGGAGGACGCUGUAUCGUCAGUGUCGAGUGAGUCGGCUGAGAGCACAUCAGACACUGGCGAGAGGCUGAAAUCCCUUAUCGAUUCCGGUACUAGUAAAGGAAAAAUUUUCCAGAUGAUGGGACCUCGGGCUAGUCCUCAUCCUGUACCGCUCGCUAAAUGGACUCCGCUGGUCAUGGAUGUUCAUAAAUGCUAUCAGAGAAGGGUAUUCAAUGAAUUGCAGGGUGUGAUUGAUGGUGUAUCCGAGAAACCGCCACUUCCUCUCCACGACAUCACUCCACAAGACCUGAGGGUAUUCAUGCGUGAGCUCUGUCGCGUUCGCUCGACCAUACCUAUCACUGUGAGAGGUAUGCAGCAGCAGAUACUAUUAGAGCGCACUUUUCGAGCUGAAGAUGAUCAGCAGGAUAUCAUACGAUCCAAUAUCGACCCCGGGGUGGUCGACACUAUCGGAGAACACCCUGCGAUGCGUUCUCUACCAGUCACGGGUGAUGAUAUUGUUGAUGAUUGGAAGGGGCAGAAGGCUAGGGUUGAUAAAGUGCAUAAGGUGGUUAGAAGUGAUCCUCCUGUUGCCUUCGAAUCAACAGAAGCUGCAGGCAAUUCGAGUAAGGAGAACGGUACCCAUGGUGAGGAUACCAAAACAUCUGCCACGAAAGGAGGGCCUAUGAGUAUGGUGUGUAAGUACUGUGGGAAGCCCAAGGCGAAAGGCUAUAAUGCCCACACUGAUGAUGGCACCCGCUAUGGUUUAUGUCCGGAGCAACCACCGAAGAUUGAUCCUGAUCCCGCAGUUGUUGCUUAUUCACGUGCAUUGGCGAAGGAGUUGAUAGUGGAGUUUAGCGAAGAGAGGAAAGGCACUCGACAUUGUGGUUUGUGCGGCAUAGCACUGAGUGCCGUUAUGAGGGAUCGAGAUGGCAACAUUCUUCUUGCCCACGAGCGAUUUGCGGAUGAGGACCAGAAACUGAUGUGUUUAUGCCCUCUGGCGGGGAACAUUCCUCCAUCCCGAGUGGAGGAGUUGAGGGUUCUGAAGAAGCAACGGAGUGACGCCAAGGCAGCCCGCCGUAGAGAGGCGAAGAGAAAUAAGUAUCAAGAGAAGAAGCGGCCACUUGAAGGGCAUCAAGAGUGA